GCGCUCGAGCGGUCGAGCCUGACCCUCAGCCUCCGAGUCGCGUUCGGUUGCGGCCCUGGGGCCCGGGGCGGGUAGGCGGAGGCCGCGGCGGCCGGCGCGGGGAUGUCGAGGAGCUCGAAGGUGGUGCUGGGCCUGUCGGUGGUGCUGACGGCGGCCACCGUGGCCGGCGUGCAUCUGAAGCAGCGGCAGGACCGGCAGAGGCUUCACGAUGGAGUGAUCAGAGACAUUGAGAGGCAGAAUCGGAAAAAAGAAAACAUUCGUCUCUUGGGAGAACAGAUUAUUUUGACUGAGCAACUUGAAGCAGAAAGAGAGAAGAUGUUACUGGCAAAAGGAUCUCAAAAAACAUGACUUGAAAUGGAUGCCAAAUAUUGAUGGGACAGUGUUGAGUGUGGGUGUGUGAGUGUGGAUGGAGAAUAGCUUUGUGAGGUGUUCACCCUUUUUUUGGUCACUGUCCUUUCAAACUUGACCAAAGACAAGGACAGUGGAUCACAUAUUCUAAAUGAUUGCUUAAAAGUCCCUUCUAUCUGAGUAAAGAAGUGGGCAGACACUCCGUGAAGAGUUUCUGUCUGUCUGUGUGAUCCUGGUAGAAGCCCCUUGAAGCCUGGUGUCCAGAGCUUAG